ACGAGUCUCUCAAGGCUCGCGAGUCGCGAUAAAAUGGCGACGAUCAGAGCCUUGUCUGUUAUCCUGCCCUUCCUUUCAACUAUAACGUUAUUAUGGCCUGAAUCUGGCGAAUGCAAUAAUGGUCGGAGGUCAGGAGAUGGCCUUGACACAGAUUUCAGCGGAUUAUCUGUGCCAAUCGAGCACUCCUUUGAAGUGGACGAUGUCCCCAGAUUUCGCCUUCGUGGUGCUCUACAGUUCAGGGGUGGAAGAGAGAGCAGCGUGUAUCUCUCUCAAAACCAACUCUCAGAGAAAGAUAGGAAUACACUUAAGGACGUGGCUGCAGUUGAUGGUUUAUAUAGGAUCCGUGUGCCUAGAGUGUCUCUGCAGGCAGAUCGGCAGUCAGAGAGACAACAUGAUGGUCACCUUACUGCAUUUGUCAGAGCUUGCUCAUUGGUGGAGUCCCAUCUCAGUGAUAUCAUCACUCUUCACACUGAUGUCAGCGGAUAUGUUAUCGGUAUUUCCAUAGUGACAAUCCCUGGGUCAUGUCGGGGGAUAGAGGUGGAAGAUGAAGUUGACCUGGAAGUCUUUAACACAACAAUAAGUGUUGUGGCACCAGUCACUGCACCUGUACCUGAAACGGCGCCUUACAUUGAGAGGAUGGAACAGGAAAUGGAAAAGAAAGGGAAAAACCCACAAGAACAGAAAUCCUUCUUUGCCAAAUAUUGGUAUUUGAUUCUGGGAGGAGCAGUGUUCCUCAUGGCCACCAAUUCAGCACAAACCCCACCAGGGGGCGCCAGAGAGCAGACCUGAUUUCAUUCAUUUCAAUGGAUGUACAUCGUCCCUCUUGUUCUUUUCCUGAUGAUGUCUGGAGCUCAAGAUCAGUCUGGAGGCGGAGGCGGAGGAGGUGCAGCCAAUGGUGGAGGACGAUGAUUCUCAUGCAACCGAAACUUGUGUUGUACAUAAUAAUUUAAAACAGAUUUUUGAAUUCAUUCACACAACUAAUGAUGGGAAUAAAUGUGGAAGAAAGAAUUGUUUCUGGAGAAAAGAUGUUAACUUAUAACUACGUUCUUGGAUUGCAUUUUUACUACUGAUUUAAUAAAACCUUUCGUGACUCUCACCAAAA